UAAAAAACGAACGAAUAAGAACAACAAAAAACAAUAUUUAAUCGAAACGUUGUCAGCACUGAACGGUAGCAAGAGGAAAAAUAGAUUCAGAAAAAUCCAGAACACAGACGUAAAAUUUUGUAUAGAAGUUUAGCUAAAUAAAAAUUGGCGUUUUGGCCACGCAAUAUAAAGAGUCCUUAAAAAAUACAAUUAACUAUUUUUUUAUUUAAAUAUAAAUUAAUAAUAAAACAAUAAACAGCAACAAAUAUGACUCGUGGAAAUCAACGUGAUUUAGCCCGUCAAAAGAACGCCAAAAAACAAGCUGAAUUAAAUAAAGGCAAACGUAAUGACAAUUUAACCGUUGAACAACGUAAACAAAGAGAUGCCGACUUAAUGCGUGAGAAACAACGAAAGAAAGAGGAGGAAGCUGCUGCAAAAGCUGCAGGCAAAGUAAAAUAAAAUGAAAAACUUUUUUGACACAUUUUAGUGAGGCCAUUCAUUACAAAAAACAGCCAGAAAAAAUUAAAACUAUCCACAGCUCUCAUAACAAAUUCUCUACAAACGAAGUGAUUUCCAAAAAAAAAAAAAAACAAGAAACAAAAUGUAUAAAACUGAUAAACAUU